AGAAAGGUUAGUUAAACGAAGACCAUCACAGAGUCGGGGUUGAGCAAUAGCGUUCUUUGUUCAACGUUGACUAUGUUGACCAAAGCUUUUAGUCCUCGUGGUUGGCUCAUAGUUUUAUGUGGUAUAUCGGCCGUUGCCGCCGCACCCCGUGUCUUCAACGUGCCUGAAGGUGCAUCCGAUGGUGGAGACGAUAUCGAGAGCAUCUUCUCGAGUUUCAAUGCCGCACAACAGGGAAGCCCCUCGUCUCAAAGUGGUGGUGGAAGUGGCUCUAUUCAGGAUAUAACGCAGCAGCUUUUAUCAGGCUCUCAAUUCAAUACCCACAGUAGUUCUCCUUACGAAUCAAAUCAACCCCAGCCAUCAAAUCCCAAUGGGCCAUUGUUUCCCUCAAAACCUAGUCUACCCACUCAUCACACUCAACCAAAUCGCCCCUCGCAUUCGUCCCCUUCCACACCAGACACGAACAAUCCUUACCAAACCUUGUUCUCCCAUCCGGCCUUCCAAACUCAAACUCACGUUCAGCAGCCUCACCAACAAACUCACGUUCAUCAGCCUCACCAACAAAUUCACGUUCAACAGCCUCACCAACAAAUUCACGUUCAACAGCCUCACCAACAACCUCACUCUGGGCAAGCCUCUCCCAACGUCCUGAAUUUUGUAAACCCAACCCAAACCCACUUUGUGCAACCUAGCAACCCCACGCCUGGGUUCCAACAGAUCAAGACCAAUCACGGGAUCUACUCCGUUCCCAUUGGAACACCUGUUGCCCAUCAACCUACUCAACAUACACAACCACAAAAACACGGCCAACAUUUUGUGAAUCCAGUCCCAUUUGCUCAACCCAGCGGGGUCCAACCUACAGUAGUGCAGCCUACUACCAUCCAAAGCUUCGAGGAAAGCGUUGGAUCGUUUUGUCGAUCCUAUAUCGAAGGUUCUGCCACUGAUCAGUUCAAAUGUGCUGCCUUGAGCCGGCCCGAAUGCGAAUGGGAUACUACCAUGCUUGGUACCAAUGGCGAACAUGGGGCUUGCGCCUGUGAAAGAGAUUUUCUUAAGUGUAACGAUCCCAAAUGUUACUGGGCCGCCGAUCCCUCUGUUCCAUCUAAGGGUGAAUGCAUCUCUACUGCUGAACGGUUCUACAAGUUGCUUCAAAAUUUGCUUCUGAAGAGAGGAAAGAAAGAUUUCGCCUUCCGUAUCAACUACAAUGCAGCCCCGUCCUAUGGUUACGGCUAUGGACCCCACGACAAUUUGGGUUACACGGCUGGCGUAGAAUAUAAAGAAGAGGAUCACUAUCCUGCACAUCUCUACGGUUAUGGUCCGUACGGACCUUUUACCAACCGAUAUGGCUCGGGCGGGCAUGGACACAAUGGCUAUGGAGCCUACGGUCAUGGUGGUUAUGGCCGUGGAUCUUACGACUCCCACGGUUAUGGCGGAUAUAGAGCUGGUGGUCAUGGAGCUUACGGAAAUGGCGGGUAUGGAAGCCCCAGUGGAUAUGGGGCCGAACGGUACGGGUCAUACGGAUAUAAUGGGUAUGGUUCCGGCAGUUAUGGCUCGUAUGAUGGCUAUGGCGGGGGUCGCUACGGAAAUGACAGAUACGGCAAAGAAGACUAUGGAUAUGGCUCGAGAGGAUAUGGAUCCGGUGGUUCAUACGCUGGACGGGAUCGUUACAACGAUUAUGAAGACCAUGGACGCUACGGUGAUAGUUAUGAUAGGAGUUACGGAUAUGGUUCUAGAUCUUCCAGCAAUUUCGGUGGGCGUUAUGGAUCUGGCUAUGAGCAAGGAGGAUCCUAUUCGAGUCCCUCGUAUUCAUCGGGUGCCCCUGCUGACAGAUACUGCACCAACUGCAAGAAGAGAGGUGAAGAACCGCGACCUUCAAACUCUAGAAGCGGACGCGGCGAAGGCGGCAAUCGUCGAGAAUAUGACCGAGAAGAGGAUGGAUAUCGAAAUUGAUAAAUUUUUAAAUCUGAACCCAUUUUGCAUAGCCCUGACCUACAUUUUAAAUAGAAAUAAACGUUAUGUUAAACAUUA